AAUCGACAGUACUGAGCCCGAUGGUAUGUCACGAUCCCUGACCUCGAGACGCGAUACUCAAACGAGCAGAACGCGAGCCACUUCCGGAGCUGCAGGAGGCGAGCGAGCUAGCGGGGCGCAAGAUCUACGACGCGGCUCACGCUCUGUAUCUGCAAGUCGUUGCCGCCAUUCUUGGCGCAGACUUCUCCAUUCCCCUUCCCCGAGACCAGGGCGGUGGAGUCAAAUGCGAAGAGUAUAUGCGACUGUCCAUGGAUAACAGAGUCAACCUUAUGAUCUGUUGCAAUGGCGUCGCCACUUGCCUGGAUGGAAUGCACAAGGAAACAGAGGCGUUGGAAUGGUACGAGGAAGUGGACAUCUUGUACAAGAAUGCCCGCUUCGCAGCGCGUCCCGCGUUGCAUGAUUGGGAACACUACAACCCGCAGCCGCCUCGACAGGACUUCUACAUGCAACGCAUCAGAGCGCUGGUGGGUGUCGCAGACAUGUACGUCCACCUGGGGAACACAGGCGCUGCUGCACAUCGCAGAAGCACAGCGGACGCGCUCAUCAAGCACGCCCCUGCCGGUGUCAACACCCGUGCUUUGCGUGUGCUCUGCCCGAUCUACCUCCUGAACGCCGUAACGCAGUUCCGGCACCCCGACCCGGAGCUCCUGAAGCAAUGGGAGCCGCUGAACGAGGACCUGCAAGUCCGCGGUUCGUGGCAGAGGAUGAAGAUCUCCAGGAACAUACUUCCGCGCAUGAGCUUCGCGAGCUUCAUCUGGCAAAGUCGCCUGUACAUUUGCGGCGGGAUGAAGGGCGGCUCCCCAGAGGUAUACAACGACUUCCACUGCAUGGACCUCAGCAGGCAACCCGGGACAUGGCGCGAGCUCCCGCGCUUCCCCAGAAAGGUCUGCGUCAACCUGCAGCUGGUCGUGCACGGCAACAAGGCGUACUGUUUCCGCGGCGCGGCGCGCAUCGACUACUUCAACCUCACCACCGAGCGCUGGGGGUCGGUGCUGACGCGCUGCGUCGAUCGCGCGGGCGAACCGGUGUCCUGGCCGAUCCCGGACGGCACGCUCUCCAGCUACGCGAUGCACGUCGCGGACGGGCGGAUGUACGUGUUCGGCGGGGCGGCGAAGGGGGCGGACUUGGGAUGCAACUUCUUUGCCGUGCUGGACCUCUCGACGAAGACGUGGCAGCACCUCUCGGGCGUUGCGAGGAUGCCGGAGGCGGAUCCUGAUGAGCCGGGGCCGAGGAGGUACGUCGCGAGCUGGGUGGACGGGAGGAAGGAGAAUGUCUACUUGCUGCAGGGCAUGGCGGACAGGGCGGCCGCGGAGAUGUUCGACCAGGCGCAUGUAGCCUGCAACUCGCAUGGAUACGAUGACUUUUGGAGCUGGAACAUCGAGGAGCGUAAGUGGCGGAGGGAGAAGAUGGUCGGGAACGUACCCUGUCCGAGGACGGAGAUGGCUUCCACAUACAGCCCGGCCCUGAACUCCGCGAUCGUCUACGGUGGCUACAGCCCCGAGACCCCGACGCUCUUCGCCGACUCGGACCUGCGCUUCAGGUUCACCUACUACGCGGACACCUUCGUGCUCGACCACUCCUCCGCGUCGCCGGCGCCGCGCUGGCGGCACGUCGUGCACCAGGGCUUCCCGACGUACCGCGCGCAGAGCACGCUGCUCGCGGACCCGGACACCGGGCGGGUGUACCUCUUCGGCGGGUACACGAACACGGACCAGGUGCCCUCGGGCAACCACGGGCAGCUGUGGACGCGGAGCUUCGGCGACCUGUGGCAGCUCCGCCUGGACGUGCCCGGCGGCCACUUUGAGGAGGUGGACGUCGCGGAUGAGGAGCGCAAUGCGCGGCUCGGCCCGUGGCAGCGCUGCUUCAGCUGCGGGAACACGGGGAUGUGGAGGAAGUGCGGAGGGACUUGCGGGGGACGUGCGUUCUUCUGCGACGAUGCGUGUCAGAGGGAAGCCUGGAGGGAGCACAAAGAGCUGCACAAUUGUCGGAAGAGGUGAGCUCUUCGCUGGCGUGCCUUUAGUAAUAUCUUCGCCCUAGAAGUCCGAAUCAACCGUCCCGAGAGAUUUGCAGCGAUCGCGUCACCGUCUACUAUACAGGUCGGAUCUGUGACGUUCACGUCUUACUCAAAUACAUGCGUGUAGCUUUAACCGCGGGUGCACAGCGAGGGAGACGAGAUUAGAGAACCCUCUGUCGUUGAAGUCAAUGGCGGAAUGGUGUACGG